GUUUGUUUGUAAUAAUAUUGAACUAAGAUUACUAAUGGCUAGAACCAAGCAGACCGCAAGAAAGACAACAGGACAAAAGGCUCCAAGAAAGUCAGUUGGAGGAUCUAAAGCUCCAAUUGGCGCAGGGAAAAGUGUAGUGAAGGCUUCAAGAAAGAACGUUCCAAGCAUCAUUGCUAAGCAAGCAAUCAAGAAGCCUCACAGAUUCAGACCAGGAACAGUUGCCUUAAGAGAAAUCAGAAAGUUCCAAAAGAGCACUGACCUCUUGAUUAGAAAGCUACCAUUCCAAAGACUUGUCAGAGAGAUUGCUACUGAGUACAAGUCAGACCUCAGAUUCCAGUCCCAGGCAGUUCUCGCUCUCCAAGAAGCCACUGAAGCUUACAUGGUUAGCUUAUUUGAAGACACUAACCUCUGUGCUAUCCAUGCUAAAAGAGUGACCAUCAUGCCUAAGGAUAUCCACUUGGCCAGAAGAAUCAGAGGCGAAAGAUCCUAACUCCUCCCCCCUAUCUUAACUUUCUUCUAAGUUGGACACUAA